CUAGCGACAGAGCUGCUUACAGCGUUCUUGCCUUCCCAGCCACCCUGGCUUUUCUGUGUCGCUAUUAGUUAGCUACAGGACGCGAACGCUGCUGCAGGCUUAUCCCAGCGAGUGAAAUUGGAACUAAUGAAAACCUAGUAACAGUCGCAGGUGGUCUAGUCACAACUGUCCUGGUGGUGAGGAUGAUGAUGAUGGGAGUUGGCUACUACAGCCGAAGGUGCAGCCCACCACGCUAGUACCAGUCUCCAACCCCUGGUCCCCCUUUGAGCCCUGGUCACACCUGUCCCCACCAUGGCCAACCACCUGGAGCUUCUGAAUGAGCUGCAGCAGCUAGAUAAGGUGCCUAGCCUGGAGCGACUAAGGGCCGCCCAGAAGCGCCGCACGCAGCAGCUGAAGAGGUGGGCAGUCUAUGAGAAGGAGAUGCAGACCAAGAAGCGCAAGGCGGACAAGAAGAGGAACACCAAUCAUGCCGCAGACAUGGAGGCCAAACGACAUGUGUCGUUUGCAGCUAAUGUGGCGCUAUUAGAGGCCUCGGCACGGAACGACCCUGACGAAGUGCGCUACCUGCUGAAGAACAAUGUCAGUCCAGACUUGUGCAACGAGGACGGACUCACUGCCCUACACCAGUGCUGUAUUGAUAACUAUGAGGAGAUGGUAAAGAUCCUGUUGAAUCGUAGUGCCAGCGUAAACGCCCAGGACAAUGAACUUUGGACCCCACUACAUGCUGCUGCCACCUGUGGACAUGCAGGACUGGUCAAGGUCCUCAUACAACAUGGAGCAGACCUGUUAGCUGUGAACUCUGACGGCAACAUGCCCUAUGACCUGUGUGAAGAUGACCCUACCCUGGACAUCAUCGAGACCGCAAUGGCCAAUCGAGGCAUCACCCAGGAGAUGAUCAACGAGACCCGGGCGUCUGUAGAGAGGAGAAUGAUGGGAGAUAUCCAGGAGCUGCUGACUGAGGGAGAGGACGUCAACCGCCACGACUCACAAGGAGCUACUCUGCUCCACAUUGCAGCAGCCAACGGCUACGUCCAGGGUGCAGAGCUGCUGCUGGAGGGAGGGGCCAGGAUGGACCUGAGAGACACUGACGGAUGGCAGCCGCUCCACGCUGCAGCCUGCUGGGGCCAGAUGCACGUAGCAGAGCUGUUGGUUUCUCACGGUGCCAGCCUCAAUGCCAAGACCUACCUAGAGGAGACACCCAUUGACCUGUGUGAGGACGAGGAGUUCCGGGCCAUCCUGUUGGACCUGAAACACAAACACGAUAUCAUCAUGAAGUCUCAGCUCAAACACAAGACCUCCCUGUGUCGGAGGACAUCCAGCGCAGGCAGCCGUGGGAAAGUGGUGCGGCGGGCCAGCCUGUCUGACAGACACAACCUUCGUGUGAAGGAAUACGAGACAGAGGCCAUCGUGUGGAGAGGUGGGAGGGAAGGAGGGAGGGAGGAGCAGGAGAAAGAGAAGGAGACAGACCAGGAGAGCAGCCAUCUGAUCAAUACGACUGUUACUAUGGUGAUUCCGGUGAAGCCAGUAGCGGAGAGGCCCAAGCUCCAGAAAAUCCUUAAAGACCCUAGUGGCGUCAUCAAACAAAACGGCAUCAUCUCCACGACGACGUCUACGCCCGCUCCCAGUCAGUCGCCGGCCACCAAUGGUGAGGCUCCGUCCCCUGACACGAAGAGUAUGACGUCCAUUCAGCUGCCCGAGGACUCUUCCUCCUUGCCCAGGGAGCGUGCUCAGACACUAUCAGAACUGAAAAAGCAGAGGUCGGCCGCCAAGCUGCUCAACCACCCUCUCCUCAACGGUCACCUUGGAAACGGCUCCACAGAAACCGCCGAGCCCCAGAGCCCUGUGGACUCCCGCAUGCCGCUGGUCUCCUCCAAUGGCAGCGCAGUUUACUACACCCCGGCCAGCGGGGACCCACCCAUCCUCAAACUGAAACAGCCAAUAGAUGAUGAGGAACUAAAGGGUUCCUACAGCUGCUGCUGUGUCUCCUAGGGAGGGGUGGAGGUCACCCCAAGACACUGAUUUAAGGUCAGGUUUACUAUCUUCUCCUCCAGUGCAUUAAGGUUAGGGUUCGAGGAGGGUAAACUGAUCGUAGAUCUGUGUCAAAGGGUAACUUCUUCCCGGAUAGAGUGUACCAGAGCAGGAUGGUCAUGUGACUGAAGCAGGAAGAGAUUGCACAGCGGGACACCAAAAGGCGGAGCCAAGGUUCAAGAAUGCAAUAGGAGUGGAGCUGGUUCAGCCAGGUGAUUGGUUACCUGCCCCUACUCCCUAGUUUUCCUACCCACUGCUGUUUCAACUCCUGGCCACACCAGUAUGGAGGAUAGGAUACCCUUAGAGAAAUCGAGUAAAAGAUGAAUUGGGGAAGAGCCAAACGGUAAUAGCUCAACACUGUUGAUCUCCCUAUGGAGUGGGUGGCUGAGAUGGUCCAUAGACCAUAAGAGUAUGGAGGAUUCCCCUACCCCCCCCGGAGAACGGGCAUGCCACUGUGAUAGAUUGUGGUUGAUGUAGAGGGUAAGGAAGUGGAACGAGAUGGCCCUUAACCCCUAUGAGGAGAGAACUCUGGUGCCCUAUAAAGGGAUGGAUGGCUAGGCAGCGUGCUCUCCCCAUGUUAAGCGUAUGUGGUGUCUAACAACUUUUGACUGAAUCACUGUUUUCAAACCACAUUCUUCCUUUAUCCACUGUUUCUGAAAGUGUUUGAGGAAAAAAUACUCCCAACAUAUCAGAACACUCUCCCUGUGUUAUUACUGAAACAAAGAGGGAUACUCUUUCUUAAGACGUAUUCUUGUUCAAAUGCUGACUAAUUUCAGAAAAGGGAAGGAAUGGUUUAUACCAGGGUGGCAGGUAGCCUAGCGGUUAGCGUGUUGGACCAGUAACUGAAAGGCUGCUGGUUCGAAUCCCCGAGCCGACAAGGUGAAAAAAAAUCUGCCGGUGUGCCAUUGAGCAAGGCACUUAACCCUAAUUGCUCCUGUAAGUUGCUCUGGAUAAAAGCGUCUUCUAAAUGACUAAAAUGUAAAUAACCAAACAGUAUUACAGUCAACGAUCUAUCUGCUCCUGUGAAGGAGGAGGAUUGGAGCACUGCACUAUAGACAUUUGAAACAAUGCAGCAUUAAACUCAUCGUCCGUCCAGAUCUGAACUUGCAUCGAUAAAGGUGGUGAAAAGGUGUUUGAUAUGCCCAUGUCUUUUUGUGUAUUUGUAGGUAAUUUAAGCAAAAAUAAAUGUUUGAAAAUACAGUGCAUUAGGAAAGUAUUCAGACCCUUUGACUUUUUCAACAUUUUGUUACGUUACAGACUUAUUAUAAAAUCUAUUAAAUAAAUAAAAAAUCCUUAUCAAUCUACACACAAUACCCCAUAAUGACAAAGUGAAAACAGUUUUUUUUAAAUGUUUCCAUUGAUCAUCCUUGAGAUGUUUCUACAACUUGAUUGGAGUCCACCUGUGGUAAAUUCAAGUGGACAUGAUUUGGAAAGGCACACACCUGUCUAUAAGGUCCCACAGUUCACGUCAGAGCAAAAACCAAACCAUGAGGUCAAAGGAAUUGUCCGUAGAGCUCCGAGACAGGAUUGUGUUGAGGCACAGAUCUGGACAAGGGUAGCAAAAAAUGUCUGCAGCAUUGAAAGACCCCAAGAACACAGUGGCCUCCAUCAAUCUUAAAUGGAAGCAGUUUGGAACCACCAAGACUCUUCCUAGAGCUGUCCACUCAGCCAAACUGAGCAAUCUGGGGAGAAGGGCCUUGGUCAGAAAGGUGACCAAGAACCCAAUGGUCACUCUGACAGAGCUCCAGAGUUCUUCUCUGGAGAUGGUUGUCCUUCGGGAAGGUUAUCCCAUCUCUGCAGCACUCAACCAAUCAGGCCUUUUUGGCCACACGGAAGCCACUUCUCAGUAAAAGGCACAUGACAGCCCACUUGGAGUUUGCCAAAAGAGAUUGAACUCUUUGGCCGGAAUACCAAUCGUUAUGUCUGGAGGAAACCUGGAUGUUUUUCAGCGACAGGGACACUAGUCAGGAUCGAGGGAAAGAUGAACGGAGCAAAGUACAACGAGAUCCUUAAUGAAAACCUGCACCAGAGCGGACCUCAAACUGGGACAAAGGUUCACCUUCUAACAGGACAACGAUCCUGCGCACACAGCCAAGACAACGCUGGAGUGGCUUCGGGACAAGUCUCGAAUGUGGCCCAGACAGAGCCCGGACGUGAAUCCGAUCGUACAUCUCUGGACAGACCUGAAAAUAGCUGUGUAGUGACGCUCCCCAUCCAGCCUGACCGAGCUUGAGAGGUUCUGCAGAGAAGAAUGUGAGAAAUUCCCCAAAUACAGCUGUGCCAAGCUUGUAGCGUCAUACCCAAGAAGACUCGAGGCUGUAAUCGCUGCCGAAGGUGCUUCAACAAAGUACUGGGUGAAGGGUCUGAAUAGUUAUGUAAAUGUGAUAUUUCUGUUUUUUAUUUUUAUAAAUUAGCAAAAAAAUAAAAAUCUUAUUUUAUUUUUUUGCUUUGUCAUUAUGAGGUAUUGUGUGUAGAUUGAUGAAGGAAAAACACUAUUUAAUUUGUUUUAGAAUAAGGCUGUAAGGUAACAGAAUGUGGAGAAGGUAAAGGGGCCUGAAUAUUUUCCGAAUGCACUGUAUGUACCGUUUCCAGCUUUUUAUUUAUGAAGAAUCAUUUUAUGUAUAAAGGAUAUGGUUUGCAAAUUCCUACAGUGUAUUUAUUUUCUUUAUGUAUAUGGAGAGUGAAUGCAAUAGGAUGAGCUAUUAGUACAGUAUAUCUUCCUUUCCUGUGAAGCACUGAUCCUAGAUCUGUUUGUGAUGUCUUGCCAGCUUCAUUGCUGCCAUUGACAUGGAGUAGGCAAAACAGUACAAACAGAUCUGGAACCAGGCUAGAAGCACUGCACCUUCUAGAAUGAAAAUGUUCCUUUGGAGUUGACAAGGUUAUUGUCCAGUCAUCUGUAGCUUGUGUAUAGCCUGUUUCCAGAUCUAUCUGUGUGCUGUAUUGGCAACUCAAUCAAAUACGAAGGGCACAAACAGGUCUGAGUCUAGGCAUAUUCCACCAGGCUCAGUAAAAGUGGUUGAAAACUAAGAGACUUGGCAAGGCAAAGUAUAACACUUGCUUAUUACCAUCACAUGCAUAUUAACUCAGAAAAUGUAUGGUAUCUGACAUGAUGUAGCCCACUGUGUAUUAUUUUGUAGAAUGUGUGUCUGUAGUCCAAGUUCCAACACUGGAAGCACCUACCUACUACACAAUGAAAAGUUGGGUUGUAGGAAGUAGUUAAAGAGGCUGGUUCAUCUGUGUUAUUGUCUUUUAACCUGUGGAUACAUAAAGUAUAAAGUAGUAGUAGACAAUUGUCUGCUACCCUCAGAUUUGUAGUAGUACUGUAGUGAUACUACAGUGUAGUAGCAGUAGUAGUACCAGCUACCCUCAGCUCUGCCCCCCCCCCCCCCCCCCCCCCCUCCGAUUGUGCCCCUAUGGGUGCCAAGUAGUCUUCCAAAGGAGAGGGGGACAUGGACUGGGGACGGGGACCAGGGAAGGCGGCCCACCUGUGUCAGUGUUGUCCUCUUAUCUCCUGUACCUAGCGCCAUCCCAACUGCCCUGUCUUGCCCGUGUAUAGUGUCAAAAAUGGUCAACUUUUCUCAGAAUUGCAUAGUAAGUUGUCAAUGUUGUUAUUGUUGUGACAUUACUCCAGCCAUUCAUAUAGAGACAAAGAUAACACAAGUUAGUACCACUUUACACUAAGUUGCUCUUAUAACUAUGUAGUUACAGGUAUAGAGCCACACAGUGGGGAUGUCAUAAUACCCAUAAAAACUAGCGGUCAAACGGGGAAAUGGUUCCAAUCAUUUUUCCACCAUUCAUUUUUCCCAUAGGGAAUUUGAGAAACAUUUAAAAUAAGGGCUGUGUUUCAUGUAGGCUUACUAUUUUGAGAACUAUCUCGAACAAGGAGAAUUUUGUCAAUAUAUUAGGCUCUAUUUACUUUCAGAUUCUAAAAUGCUAAUUGGUGUCAAAGUAGACAUAAUGCAAAACUACAAAUCCCUGUACGUUAUCUCUAGCUGACAUCUUGUUUAAUAUUUUUUAUUUAUUGAAACUUUAUUUAACUAGGCAAGUCAGUUAAGAACAAAUUAUUAUUUACAAUGAUGGACUAGGAACAGUGCCUUGUUCAGGGGCAGAAUGACAGAUUUUUACCUUGUCAGCUCAGGCAUUCGAUCUUAGCAACCUUUUGGUUACUGGCCCAACGCUCUAACCACUAGGCUACCUGCCGCCCCUGCCGCUACCUUUGCUAACAGGUGUUGUGUCAUUUUAAAACUUCCAGUUUAAAUAAAUGUAGCCACUUCAUUCAUUACUAAAUUGAGCUAACAUUAGAUAGUUAAUCCAGAGAUUCUUACCUUUGUCUUGAUUCAGCAAUGUCGUUCAGAUCAUCAUGGCAUUUGUUGUUCUUUAUGAUAGCCACAUUAGCAGCUAAUUAAAAUUUUAUUUUGGAGGGGUAAAUACAGGCAAAUUAUAUUGAUAAAUUCACCUCGUCCUAGAGAGAUUUACACUUAUCAAAACGUCACGCUAAGGUAAGCCUACACAAAACACAGCCCUUAUUUUACAUUUUUCUAAAGUCCCCUAUGGGAAAAAUGAAUGGUGGGGAAAUUAUUGGAACCAAUUCCUUGUUUUGACUGUUAGGUUUUAUGGGUAUUAUGACGCCUACUGUGGUACUCUAUAAGGCAACUUAAGUGUUCAGGGCUCUAAAGUGCCAUCAAUUUGGUCGCAUAUGCAACAAAAUAUCUUGCAGUUUUAAUUUGGGAGCACCAGUGCGAGAGAAAAUAUAUAUUUCAUAUUUUUUAAUAAUAAUUGUUGUAAUGAUAAGGCUUCGCUGUACCUGUUGUUUCCCGAGCGCAGAUACAUUAGUGUCAUGCACCAUUAUUACAGCUAAAACGACUUGUUUCUAGACCCAUAUUACCGGCGCAACGUUUUUUCUUCCUGUCGAAGUUUAGGCGCAUUUUACAUUCAUAAGUGUAAAAUCAUGUCCCACGCCAUUAACCAUUUUUUUCAUGUUUAUUACCUCAUUAGCGAGCUAACAACCUGGUAACUUUACCAGUAUAUCCAAACAUUUGGUGGCACAGAAAGGAAAAGCGAUAGCUCCUUUCAUGAUCAUAGCAAUGAAUGAAUGACAGAUCUCUUGCAUGUUGUCAUCACGAACUUGACGCUCUUAAAGAGACGGUGUAUCAUUUUCAAUGUAAUGCAUCUCAAUAGGAAAAUAGUGCUUUUACAUAAUCAAAAACCUAAUAUUCCACAAAUGACUUUGUAUCAACAUUUCACCUUUUUAUAAUUAACAAAUGUAUUUACAAGGCUUCAGAAGUAGAACUAAGCAGGUAGCCUAGUGGUUAGAGCGUUGGACAAGUAACCGAAAGGUUGCAAGAUCAAAUCCCUGAGCUGACAAGGUAAAAAUCUUUUGUUCUUCCCCUGAAAAGGCAGUUAACCCACUGUUCCUAGGCCAUCAUUGAAAAUAACAGUUUGUUCUUAACUGACUUGCCUAGUUAAAUAAAGGUAAAAUAAAAAAAAUAUAUAUAUUAUUCAUAUAGGCUAUGCAAAAUCUCAAUUGGUGCUCCUACAAUUUGUUGGGCUCCUAACUUUUUAAAGUUGGGAGCACCAGUGCUAUCAAUGAAAAAUGUUAAUUUAGAGCCCUGGUUGUGUUACCAAAAAUAUGAACUAAACUCAGCAAAAAAAUAAACGUCUCUCACUGUCAACUGCGUUUAUUUUCAGCAAACUUAACAUGUGUAAAUAUUUGUAUGAACCUAACAAGAUUCAACAACUGAGACAUAAACUGAACAAAGGGGGGGUCAAAAUCAAAAGUAACAGUCAGUAUCUGGUGUGGCCACCAGCUGCAUUAAGUACUGCAGUGCAUCUCCUCCUCAUGGACUGCAUCAGAUUUGCCAGUUCUUGCUGUGAGAUGUUACCCCACUCUUCCAUCAAGGCACCUGCAAGCUCCCGGACAUUUCUGGGGGGAAUGGCCCUAGCCCUCACCCUCCGAUCCAACAGGUCACAGACGUGCUCAAUGGAAUUGAGAUCCGGGCUCUUCGCUGGCCAUGGCAGAACACUGACAUUCCUGUCUUGCAGGAAAUCAGACACAGAACGAACAGUAUGGCUGGUGGCAUUGUCAUGCUAGAGGGUCAUGUCAGGAUGAGCCUGCAGGAAGGGUACCACAUGAGGGAGGAGGAUGUCUUCCCUGUAAUGCACAGCAUUGAGAUUGCCUGCAAUGACACCAAGCUCAGUCCGAUGUUGCUGUGACUCACCGCCCCCAGACCAUGACGGACCCUCCACCUCCAAAUCGAUCCCGCUCCAGAGUACAGGCCUCGGUGUAACGCUCAUUCCUUCGACGAUAAACGCAAAUCCAACCAUCACCCCUGGUGGGACAAAACUGCGACUUGUCAGUGAAGAGCACUUUUUGCCAGUCCUGUCUGGUCCAGCGACGGUGGGUUUGUGCCCAUAGGUGACGUUGUUGCCUUACAACAGGACUACAAGCCCUCAGUCAAGCCUCUCAGCCUAUUGCGGACAGUCUAAGCACUGACGGAGGGAUUGUGCAUUCCUGUGUAACUCGGGCAGUUGUUGUUGCCAUCCUGUACCUGUCCCGAAGGUGUGAUGUUCGGAUGUACCGAUCCUGUGCAGUUCUACACGUGGUCAGCCACUGCGAGGACGAUCGGCGUCUCACAGUACGGACAUUGCAAUUUAUUGCCCUGGCCACAUCUGCAGUCCUCAUUCCUCCUUGCAGCAUGCCUAAGGCACUUUCAUGCAGAUGAGCAGGGACCCUGGGCAUCUUUCUUUUGGUGUUUUUCAGAGUCAGUAGAAAGGCCUCUUUAGUGUCCUACGUUUUCAUAACUGUGACCUUAGUUGCCUACCGUCUGUAAGCUGUUAGUGUCUUAACGACCGUUCCACAGGUCCAUGUUCAUUAAUUGUUUAAGCAUGGGAAACGGAGUUUAAACCCUUUACAAUGAAGAUCUGUGAAGUUAUUUGGAUUUUUACGAAUUAUGUUUGAAAGACAGGGUCCUGAAAAAGGGACGUUUCUUUUUUUGCUGAGUUUAUGUCAGCAUGCCAGGCAGAAGGUUGUUUUCAUCGUGUCCAUUGUAUUUACGUGUAAGUAGGAAUUCCCAGGGGUCCAAAUGUUUAAUAUCUGUAUUAUCUGACCACUAAUAUGACCCAAAUUUACAGUGACAGUUCCGUCUUUCGACUGUUUUUUUCCUAUUGUUGUGGCCAGUGCUUGUGUAUCAAACAGUCUGUCAGAUGUGCAAAAUGAAAAUGGUUGAUCAGUGUUUAUUUUAUAAAGACGUGUUGUUAAUAAGAAGAAGAAACGAUUAAAACUACUGAUUUUGUAAUUACUGGAAAAUACUGAUGGUUGUAUUAACAUUUUGAAUAAAUGGUGUACUUUGCGCA